AUGGCAGAUUACAUGUUUGAGAAGUUCAAAGAUGCUCGGUCCGAGAUCAGGAUCCUUACAGUCCUUCCAGGCAGCACAAAAGAUCCUGUUUCGUGUACAUUGGAAAGCGCCAGUCUAGAUUCCUUACCAGUUUAUGAAGCACUCUCCUAUACUUGGGGCAACAAUGAUACCAAGAACCCAAUCCAGAUUGAUGGAAAACGUUUCAUCGCCUUCGGGAACGCGCAAGAUGCACUAGUCGAACUUCGAGACGCCAUUUCGCCUCGUCGCAUCUGGAUAGACGCUAUCUGUAUCAACCAGGAGGAUCUUGAAGAAAAGCAACAUCAAAUUUUGCUAAUGAAGGCCGUAUACGAAAAGGCAUCUCGUGUCGUCAUCUGGUUUCCGAGACCGAGAGGGAAUGCGGAUUUGGCCGUGGACUUGCUCAACGAGCUGAACGAACAACAUGAUGCCGGAACACACACUGUUCAGAGUAUGCAGGGAAUACAUCGACCUAGGAUGAGAUCCCCCGAGUGGACUGCGUUGAGAGACUUCCUACAUCAUCCCUGGUGGCGGCGCGUUUGGACUUUCCAAGAAGUUGUUGUGGGACGCAAUGUUGUCAUACAAUACGGACGACAUAUGAUACCUUGGAAACGUAUGCAUAUACUGGGCGAUGACAAUAGCAUGUUAUACAGCAUGUUUAUUAAAGAGCCCGGCGAAGGUGAGGACUUUGGUGUCGGCCAUCCCGAUGGCUGCAGCGCAAUACCCAUCAUCCAAUGGCUAAGGGAUCUGCUCGAAGCCGGCGAAAGAUGCUCACUUCUGGACCUUCUGCCUCAAUGCUGGUUUCGACAAGCAACGAACAUCAGAGACUGUAUCUAUGGCUUAUGCGCUCUCGCCUCCGACGUCGACAGCCUGGGUAUCAUCCCCGACUACAGUAAAUCUGUGGAGGAUGUACUUACAGACGCAGUGAACAAAAUUCUUCUAAAGUACGGGACCUUUGAGUUAUUUUGUAAGGCAGGAUGUGGCUUUGAUCGAAAUUUUCCAGGUCUUCCCUCUUAUGUGCCCGAUUGGACGAACAUCCCAGCUGCCCAACCGCUGUACUGGCACUUUUACGAAGGUCCACAGACCGUUCCACUAGCAGAAAGAGGCAUAAAUUUGCAUGAAGAUGGUCAGUUGCAACUCAAGAUUUAUGAAAUCGACUACAUCGAACACAUCAGCACCAAAUUACACAGCACUGCUGGAGAGGAUGAAUACAAACAACUCAUAUCGUGGUUUGACGCCGCUGAGAAGCUAGCCAUUACUCACGCCCGCGAUCCCUACACCAUGACGAUACCUCAAUCCACCAGCAUUCCUCUAUUCGAAGCAUUCUGGCGCACAACAAUAGCCGAUUCCGCGAACACCAGCAACCGCACCCGCCCACUCCCAGAUACAUACCAUGGCUAUCUUCGAUGGAAAUACACCUUAUCGCAUCAUUCCGGUAUCUCAGCUACCUCCCUCUUCGAGGACAUAGAGCAAUACAGCGAUCGUUAUCGUGACCCCAUGGACGACACGCUAGCGAAAAUGGUCGAUUGGUAUAACACUGUGCUCGUCACGUCGUGGGAUCGCGCGUUCUGCGUGACGCGCGGUGGUAUGGUGGGUUUAGUACCUGGCGGUGCCCGCCCGGGCGAUCUUGUGUGUCUGAUACCUGGGGGCGCAGUGCCGUUUGUUAUGCGUAUGCGUGCAUCUGUAAAUGAGUGUGAGCUUGUGGGAGAAAGCUACUUCCAUGGUGUUGGCGCGAUUGAGGGCGUAAAGCAGUUGAGGGGUGAGGGGAAAGAGCCGUCUGUUGUGUUUUUAGUUUAA